AAGUGUCCCUUUGGGUGUGUUUGUAUGUGUGUGUGUGCGUGUGCUGCUUGUUUGGAGAGAAGAGUGGACACGCUGAUAAGCUCAACGCACAGGACUGGCAACCUAAACGAAUGGUGACCUAACAGAGAUGGCGGGUACAGGAAUAUGUUGUGCCAGCCUGGAGGAACCCAUUGCCCUGAUGAAAAUGGGUCUGAGCAUGGUCCUCAUUGGUCAUGUUAACUUCCUGUUGGGAGCACUGGUGCACGGCGUGGUGCUCAGACACAUUAACCUCCACAAGCAGGCCCGGGCCAUGGAGUACGCCAUCUCCAAUGUGGUCGCUCUCACCUCCGGCCUUGUGGGGAUUGUCGUUGGCAUUCUGGCUAUUGUCCUGUCUAAAAACAAGAAGAGUAAAGGCCUGACGUGGUCACUUUUCACAGUCAGUCUGACUGCGGCUCUCAUGGCAGCAGCUUCAGCCAUCGGACUCUCCGUGUCUGUGGUGAGGGCCAUCAUUCACGGAGGGCGGAGCCUCCUGACUCAUUGCCGCUUCCCCGACGCCAUCGGCUACUCCAGCGUCACCAACGAGUGUCCUUUUGACCCCACACGCAUCUAUAGUACCACUCUGAUCCUUUGGGUGCCUCUGAUCGUGACUUGUGUCAUCCAGAUGGUGUUUUCUGCCCGGUGCUUUGCUGUCUGCAUUUCAUUUCUGGGUCUGCCUUGCUGCCCAAACAGAAAAAGAACCAGACCCUACGGCAGAGCGAUCAAUGUGGUGAGGCCGCUGAAAGAAGCCACCCCCUCUCUCAAUACUGAACCAUCAAGAAGCUACAGUGAACCUCCAACAGGCUAUGCUGAAUCUUCAAGAAGCAACAAUAAACCUCUGACACGCUAUACUGAACCUCCAAGAAGCUACAAUAAACCUCCAACACGCUAUACUGAAGCUCCAAGAAGCUCCAAUGAACCUCCAACACGCUAUACAGAACCUCCAAGAAUCUACCACGAACCUCAAAGACGGAAUACCGAACCUCCAAGGCAGCAGCAGCGCCGACCUCCUCCCCCUCCACAGAAACCGCCUCAGUAUCGGAGUCUUCCUCCCUCGGAGAGGCAGCCUCUCCGCCAGUCAAACAGAGAAAGGUCAGACAGAGAAAGGCAAGAAACAAGGGUUGGCAGCCAGCAAAGGGCACCGGAGCAACACCAACUGCUGGAGAGGGGAACACUGGAGAGGUCCAGCUUUUGGAUUUAGCCGUAUUUGACAUGUUGGAGCUUCUUGAAGAUUGUGCUGUGAGGGUGCACACUACAGUUCAAGACCAUGUGCAUGAUCCAGGCUAUGUGUGUGUGUGUCUGUAUAUAGUGUCAAAUGUUUCAUAUCAGGAUAGACAAAUGAUACAGUACCUCCAACGUGAGGACAUGAUGUCAAUCCAUGCCCUGUAUAAGGAAGAGUUAAAUGAUUAGUUUGACAUUUUGUGAAACACACUUCACCACUUGCCAAGAGUUAGACAAGAAGAUCGUUACCACACUUGUGUGUUAAGUAGUAAAUACAGAGCUGGAGUUAUGACAUGGUUAGCUUAUCUUAACAUAAAGACUUGAUGCAGGUGAGACAGAGUAUAGAAAGCCUGUCCAAGCAUCAAAAAUAUGCCUAUGUCCGGAGUUGUGUGCUAUUACGUCACUGCUUGUCAUCAAGAAACAGGUACAGCACGUAACCUCUUGUAAAACCACAACUUGUCAUAUUGACAUUUCGAUACUUAUGUUUUUAUAUCUCUUUGCAAAUGGGUGUAUUUUUGAACUAGCCUAGGCCGAGGUAUCUCCUGGCUAGGUUCAUAUUUACCACACUGACAUGAGAGUGGAAAAAGUAUUUCCUAAAAUGUCAAACUAUUCUUUUAAUUGCUUUACACAGAGUUUACACAUGCGAUAAAAGUACUAGAGAUGAGUUGAGGUCCUCACAAGUGAAGCUAUGUGAAUGAAGCUAUGAAUCUCUGGUGUGUCGGCAAAUGUGAAUGCUUUUAUUUUCCUGCAGUUAGGCCAAGAGAACUAGUUUUCUGAAAAACUAGUACUGCAAGUGUUUGUAUUUAUUGGUCAAGUAAAUAAAGUUUUUAUUAUGUGCCUA